ACAAAAUCAAAAUGAUGGAUUUGUUCAGAAGAAAGAAGAAAAAGAUGGAGAUUAUCAGCACAGACAAAAAGGACAGCAUAGACAAAAGAUGGAGGCUUCUCAGUGGAGAAGACAACUGGAAGGACUUACUGGACCCUCUAGACAUUGAUCUGCGACGAUACAUCAUUCACUAUGGAGAAAUGGCUCAAGCAACAUAUGAUAACUUCAACUUUGAGAAGGCAUCAAGAUAUGCAGGAAGCAGCCGAUAUGCGAAGAAAGAUAUGUUCUCUAAGGUGGCUCUCGAGAAUGGCAAUCCAUUCAAGUAUCGUGUGACCAAGUAUUUGUAUGCAACUUCAUCCAUCCAAGUCCCUGAUGCAUUUAUCAUGAAACCUCUAUCAACCGAUGCAUGGAUCAAGGAAUCGAACUGGAUGGGGUAUGUUGCUGUGGCAACUGAUGAAGGCAAGGCUGCAUUGGGGAGGAGAGAUAUUGUGAUUGCUUGGAGAGGAACUAUUAGGACAUUGGAAUGGGUGGAUGAUCUUGAAUUUGUACAAGUCUCGGCCCCAAAAAUGUUCGGACAAGGCAGUCAUCCUAGGGUGCACCUAGGUUGGUACUCCAUCUAUACUUCUGACGAUCCGAAUUCGCAGUUAAAUAAGACCAGUGCCAGAGAUCAGGUUCUUGGUGAGGUUAGGAGAUUGGUGGAAGAAUACCAAAACGAAGAUAUCAGCAUAACCAUUGCCGGCCACAGCUUAGGUGCAGCCAUUGCAACCCUAAAUGCAAUUGACAUAGUUGUGAACAAAAUCAACAAUCCUAAAGACCAACCCCAAAAGGCAUGUCCUGUCACAGCCUUUGCAUUCGCCAGCCCUCGUGUCGGGGACUCGAAUUUCAAGCACAUCUUCACUGGUCUAAAAGAUCUUCGACUCCUACGUGUUCGUAACUCUGGAGAUGUCGUCCCGAGAUACCCUCCGGCCGGAUACUCAGAUGUCGGCGAGGAGUUGACCAUUGACACCACCAAGUCAAAAUACCUCAAGAGUCCCGGAAAUUUGAUGACUUGGCAUAACUUGGAGGCUUAUUUGCAUGGAGUUGCAGGAACUCAGGGUGCUAAAGGGAGAUUCAAAUUAGAAACUCAUCGUGACAUCGCGCUUGUUAAUAAACGUGUCGAUUCUUUGGACGACACAUAUGGCGUGCCAGUUUCAUGGUGGUGUGAGAAAAACAAGGGUAUGAUUCAACAGGCUGAUGGAAGUUGGAAAUUGAUGGAUCAUGAGGAAGAUGAUUUUGGUUCAUGAAUGUCUCUCUCUUGUUGUUAAUAAUGUUGACAAAGUUCAUUCUAAGACCUGA